AAAAUAUCUCUGGCGGGACUCAGAGAACUGCUCUGAUUGGACCUGAUCCGUUUCCAGGGACACGGCGCUCCUCCCGCUCAGAGGACAGGUCAAAGAUGGCGUCGUUGAGGUGUUUUCUUCGUUCCGGGAAGAAAGCCGUGUCGGUGGUCCUACGGAGGGAGUUGAGCAAGUCGUCUCCGGUCGCGGUGCAGGUGAAUGUCCGAGAUGCUCUCAACCAGGCCAUGGAUGAGGAACUGGAGAGGGAUGAGAGAGUCUUCCUCCUGGGGGAGGAGGUGGCUCAGUAUGAUGGAGCCUACAAGGUCAGCAGAGGGCUGUGGAAGAAAUAUGGAGACAAACGUAUUAUCGACACGCCAAUCACAGAGAUGGGCUUUGCAGGCAUUGCUGUUGGUGCUGCAUUCGCCGGGCUGAGGCCAAUCUGUGAGUUCAUGACCUGGAACUUCUCCAUGCAAGCCAUCGACCAGGUGAUCAACUCAGCUGCUAAGACUUACUACAUGUCAGCUGGAUUCCAACCUGUCCCCAUUGUGUUCCGUGGACCCAACGGCUCCUCCGCAGGCGUGGCAGCACAACACUCCCAGUGCUUCGCUGCCUGGUACGGCCACUGCCCAGGCCUCAAAGUAGUCAGCCCCUGGAACUCUGAGGAUGCCAGAGGACUUCUUAAAGCAGCUAUCAGGGACGACAACCCUGUGGUGUUCCUGGAGAAUGAGCUGAUGUAUGGAGUGCCCUUUGACCUGUCUGAGGAGGUUAUGCAUAAAGACUUUGUCCUACCUAUUGGAAAGGCCAAAGUGGAAAGACAAGGAACCCAUAUCACUCUAGUGUCACAUUCCCGGUGUGUGGGUUUCUGUCUGGAGGCAACGGCAGUCCUGGCUAAGGAGGGGGUUGAAUGUGAGGUGGUUAAUCUGCGCACCAUAAGGCCUCUGGAUGUGGACACCAUUGAGGCCAGUGUGAUGAAAACCGGCCAUCUGGUCACAGUGGAGGGGGGCUGGCCCCAGUACGGAGUGGGUGCUGAGAUCUGUGCCAGAGUCAUGGAGGGCCCAGCCUUCAACUACCUGGAUGCCCCUGCAGUCCGCGUGACCGGUGUAGACAUCCCCAUGCCCUACGCUAAGAUCCUGGAGGACCACAGUGUACCUCAGAUCAAAGACAUCAUCUUCUCAGUCAAGAAGGUCUUGAAUAUGUAAACAUACCAAAUGUUUCCUUCCCCACUCCUCUGUUCCUUGCAGACCAACCUUAUUUACCUUCUAAGUAUUUACUUAUACAAUAGUAAGUACUGCAGGACGUACUUAUUCCCCCACCCCACCUUCCCAUGUCAAUUUACCAGUAAAUAUACGCACAUCACUACGGGAACAUGGUCCGUAUUCGCGUCACGUGGCUACGGGAACAUGGUCCGUAUUCACGUCACGUGGCUACGGGAACAUGGUCCGUAUUCGCGUCACGUGGCUACGGGAACAUGGUCCGUAUUCGCGUCACGUGGCUACGGGAACAUGGUCCGUAUUCGCGUCACGUGGCUACGGGAACAUGGUCCGUAUUCGCGUCACGUGGCUACGGGAACAUGGUCCGUAUUCGCAUCACGUGGCUACGGGAACAUGGUCCGUAUUCGCAUCACGUGGCUACGGGAACAUGGUCCGUAUUCAGAUCUAUUAAUACCUACAAUUACUUGCUCUUCUGUUUCCUGAUUGGAUGGUGGACAGAUAAGACAGUGAUGUCAAGUAAACCAACUCAUCAAGUUUUGUCUAGUAGGGAUCUGUCAUUGAUCCAUUGAUGAAAAGGAACUGUCUGGAAGAAGAAUACAUUGUGGAUUGUAAGGAAGUGUAUUUCUUCUUGUAACAUCUUCAGACUGUAUUUUAUUGCUGUAAAUUGCUCUGUUACAGAAAUAAAACUCCCAUUUUAUCAGUCUUGAAA